AUGGCCGACGCUCAGCCAGAACCGGAGUGGGAGUCCGGAGAGUCAGAUGGGAGUGUGCUUUCAGAGAACGGCGCCGAGGACUGGGACGGCAUACCAGAUGAGGUAUCCGAUGUGUCUGAGGACGCGCAUCCAAUCCAACCGCUCUUCAUCGCGGGUUGGGAGCCCUCUGACACCGAGGACAAUGCGGCGCAAGUCUCAAAUGGGACGGGAUGGGGCGACUGGGGCGAGGGGGCUGCGCCCGCCGACCGCGAAUGGCGAGUCGGCGCAACUCCCAACGGCGGCGGCGUGAGCAUCUACGAGGAUGACGAUCUGGGAUGGGCGGUUUCAAUUCGUUGGCGCGGCUGGCGAUGGGGGUCGCCCGUGGCUCCUCCUCAGCCCUUUGGCGUCGUACCACCGACCGAUCCCGCAGGCGUGGUACCCCCGAACAAUGCGUUACCUCCACAUCCGGGCAAUCGAUUGCCGGCUGGGCAGUUUUUCCUGUUCGUAGAGCUGCUUGAGCGCCUGAUUCCGCCUGUGGAUCGCUUGGCAGUAGGCAGUUUCUGGCGACCGGAGAACCCUGGCGGGCUAGCGCUGCAAGACAUCAAGCACGUUCUUUGCGUCUGUCAAGUCUGGCACGAUACGGCGAACAGCUUGGGUGCUAUCUGGGGCGCGUUCAUACCGGUGGCUCAUAACGAGCACACGCUGGCGGUUAUGCUGGAGCGUGCGCGCGGCGCAAAUAUCCGUCUUGCGUACACUCGGGGUAUUCCCAAAGCCGUAACCGAUGCUCUCCUUCCACGUGCAACAGCUAUCUACGCCGGGCAAGACUGCCCUUGGCGCAACUUUGCCCGAGUUCUGGGGCAACGCCUACCUCUCCUCCAGGUACUUAUUCUGCGCCCAGAUGCUACAGGAGCAUCUUCCUCCCCGUUACGGUCUUUCGAUGGUGUGCUCGACGCGCCGUCGAUGUACAUCUGUGAACUAUCGUGCCCUCUACCGCUGAACGCACCAGGACUCCUGCGUCUCGCAAUUCGGUUUUGCACAUCCCCGCAGAUCGAGCGCGUCUUAUCGAGUAUCGCUGAGGUGUCCCUGCUCCGCCUGGUGCUAGAGAGCAUCCCGGAUACGCAGCGGAUGAACUUGACCGCUCUUCUCCGCCGAAUCCGUCCAGAUCGGCUGUCGUUCCUGCGCAUCGGCGCUUCGUAUAGUCAAGUUGCGGGCAUGGACUUCUCAAGCGCGAAGGUAUCGUUCCCGGAGCUCGACACGGUGGAUCUUCCAGGCCCGACUUGGUUGGGCGCGCCCAACAUCCGCUUCGCCAAGAUCUUCAACAUCAACGCGGACGAGGCUCUGUGCAUGCUGGAUGGGCUUUCGAACGCAGAGGUCCUGCAUAUUCGUGGCCGGGCGGACGGCGAUCUCCAUCCUCGCACCCCCGUACAAGCUUCUCAUCACGUCGAGCUACCCAUCGAGCUCGUGCGCGCGCAUACUAUCUACCUUGCCGGGGUGAUGUCAGAAGACACGUGGACCCUGCUAGACGGUAUCUUCGCGAAGAACCUGCGGUACCUCCAUAUGUUCUGCGAUAUGCCCGCCGCGCCUGAUCAUGGAGCUUUGGAUGAUGUACGCGGGCGUAUUCAGACAAGCCUCGCGGCCAGCUCGGCGACGGCCGCCUCCGCCACUCUGCGUACUGCGCUGUUACAAGCACAGGCCGCUUUGCGUGCUGUCGGUCACCAUGUUAUGGCGCGCAAGUUGAACGACAUCGACGGGUAUCCUGUGGGUGAAUGGGGUUUCGGUCCUGCGCAUGAGGUCAACGACGUGCCACCAUGGGCACAGCUGGAAGCUGCGGCUCAGGAGGCCAUGGGCACCCUCGCUGCCGCAUUCGAGCAGCCGCCGGCGCGUCAUAACGGCUUCUUGCUCAAUCGCGUGGCUUCCGCUGCUUUGGACGUGAUGGACAUCGAAGAUCUCGAAGCGUUUGAGACCGAGUUCGAUAUAACGCCGGAGGGGAAGGGUGUCUGCUGCACGGCGCGUAUCGGGGAGAGACGAUUGGCGUUCGUCAUGGCGGAUAGCGACUCCAACGAGUGGCCCAAGGCUUGGGGGCAGGACGCGCGCGUGGACUCAGGCAUAUUCGGCCUUUCGCGCCUCCUCUUUGGGCUCAGUUUCCUAAAGCCGGUUUACCUGAAGUUCAGCGACGAUCGCUUCCGGAGUCUGGGCUGGGGACCCGAGCGGGCGGACAAACGUGCGCUUCGUCAGGUAUUGCGCGGCUACGACCGCGUCACCAGCCUGAUCCUGGACUAUGCGUGGACCGGCUACACGCGUUUUGAACUGCUGGACGUACUCGCAGAUCCCACGACCCUCCCGAGGAUGCAGCGCUUGGUCGUCCUAUGCGCGCCACCCCACGACAAGCCCAUCGGGGAGUACCUCAACGGUGAAUACUUCGGGCCGACUCCAGACGAGGCGCAGAAGGUCGUCAGAGCGGUUUUGCGGAUGCUCGAUGCACGCUCAGCGCAUGCCGACGAGGGUGUCGACUAUCUAGACUUGCGCGGUGGGUUUUGUAUGUCAGAAGACCUCGUAAACGACGCGCAAGGCCUGGUGGGGCGCCUGUUGAUGGACGAGGUGAAAUGUGUGCGCCCGGGUGGGGCAGAGUUCUGCGCUAUUUGCUCAGCGUGGUGGUAG